AUGGAUACCAGCGGAUCUCCAAAGUUUUCGCUCGACUCCAUCUCGGCGAUCGACGGGCAGAUCGCAUCGGCGCUGCGCUCAUUCUUUGAUCAAAGCGGGCGUCCUAUCAUCCAGUUUUGCAAAAUCCUGCUCGAGCAUAUGGGCCUGGAUGCCGAUCUGCAGGCCAAUAUUCCGUUGUCGGUCCUUGUCAAGACCAUCCACGACACUGGCAUCGAAUGCAGCUCUCAGCAAAUACAGGAGCUAGUGGAGCUCUUUGGCGGAACUGAUGAGGGAAUCAACUUGAACGAGUUUAUCCGUGGCCUCAAGGGGGGCCUGAAUUCAAAGCGUCUUGAACUGGUUCACGCGGCGUGGAUUCUCUUGGACUGGAACGGCCAGGGAGUUAGCGCUGAGCAGACCAUCCUUACAGAUGCCAAAGCAAAGUUCAACGCCUUGGACCACCCACGAGUUCAGAUUGGCGAGCUUGAUGCAGACCGCGUUCUUGGCGAGUUUAUCGACUACUGGGAGGCCGACAGACCCGACGGCACUAUCGAGCUGAUAGAGUGGGAAUACUACUACACAGGCGUCUCCGCAAACAUCGACACCGAUGCCUACUUUGAGCGACUGAUGUCUCAGUGCUGGCCGGGGAUGAGAAUGCCGGAGCCACAUUCUCCAGUGCAGUCGACUCUCGACGUUUGCACUCGCCGCUUGAUGGCCAUGCACCAUCAAAAGCUGGAGCGUCUCGUUGGCUCCUCCAGGACAUUCAGAUCGGCGUUGGAUCUGUGCUUUUACCGUCAAAGCAUACCCAUGGAUCGAACUCUGUCCCGGGACAAUUUAAUCAAGAUUCUGAAGGAGCUGUAUUCAAUCGCUGGUGUCCCUGCGGAUGAAGAUUCAUUUGAUUCGAUCUACAAGCGCAUCAAAAAGGAUCUGCAGCGCACUUUCACUGUGUCUGACUACGAGCCCGCAUUGCGCGAGAGCAUCCGGAAGGAACUGCGCUUCCUGGAGUACCGCAUCUUUGCACGAACAAUCAGCACAUAG